AUGGACGCCGUCAACACGAACGGCAAGGAGGCCGUGCGGCUAUGCGAGCACGUCGUGCGGCAGGCAUUCGGUGACGUUGUCGGCGCGUCGCUCAUCAUCCUGCUCCAGCACCACCUCGUCGGCUCCACCGGUGGCUCGCGCCGUAAUCCGCCAGAGGAGGAGAUGUACGAGUUUGACAUCAUCGAGUGUCUCAUGCGUCUGCGCUGGGGGCGCAUGUUGGCGCUGACGGAGAAGGAGUUCGGAGAAGAGAUCUUCUUGUACGGCAAGCUCACGAUGGAGGAGAUUCAGGACGUUCUCGCCGAGUACGACAUGUCGGCGUCGUCGCUGAGGCGUGUCGUCACGCUCAUGCUGCGACGAGGAUUCCUUGAGCCUACGUGUGCUGAGCUCACCAUGCUCCGCUCGGACCAGAUUGACCGGCGGUAUCGCGAGCUGAAGAAGGCGGCGAUCGACGAGAUUACGGACGAGCGUAUGGACUUCCGGAAUCCGUCUCGCGCCCUGAAGGAGCUCAAGGUGCCAAAGAAGUCGUCCUCGUCGGCUCUGAAGGGCAAGAGCAAGGGAGAGAACUGGGAUGUGGUCGACGGCGUGCCGCUCCGCGCGAACUACGACAAGUACAACGUGCUGAUCCGAAACGAGAUGAUCAUCCAGGCGGCCACGGACCGUUGGAACGCUGCUGCGGGUGAGGUGAUGCGUGCCGCCCUGGCGGCCAGCAUCGACAGCCAGUCCGACCCGCGCGAGCUCCGAACCAGCGUCGCCGUCAACGUGACGCAGAUCGUGGACCGCAUUCCCCAGCACGCGUACAAGCUUCUUAUGGCCGGUAUGGUCGGCACCGGUUCGAAGAACAUUCCCGAGAUCACGCGGCAGUACCUCGCGGUCAUGAGUGGUGACGACCUGGCUUCGGGCGGCGGUGGCGGCCGUUUCCUGACGCAUAGCGACGGAACGUCACCAACCUUCUUCGUUGAGCUCGAGGCGAUCUGCACGGCCCUGAAGCACUCCCUCCUCACCGAGCUCGUGCGCGAGCGUAUCGACGAGAAGGCCGCUCGUGUUCUCGCCGUCAUCGCCGAGGCCAAAUUCGCCUCCGAGACAAUGGUGCGCGACUGCGCCAUGAUUCCCCUCCGCGAGGCGAGGCACAUUCUCUCCGAGCUCCAGAAGCUCUCCCUCAUCGAUAUCCAGGAGGUGCCCAAGACGGCGGCCAAGGGACGCAACAUGUUCCCCGGCAAUGACUUCCAUCUCUGGUCCAUCGACCUGAGGAAGGCGUACGGGUUCCUUCUCUCUGGCGUGUACAAGACGGCGGCCAACGUCAUGCAGCGGAGACAGCACGAGCUUGAGAAGCGCUCGGUUCUCCUGGAGAAGCUGGAGCGCGACGAUUACACCCCGGAGCAGGUCGUUGAGUACCUCUCCGCCAAGGACAGGCAGGACUAUGACGAGCUCAACAACGCACUCCAGAUGCUGUCUUUGGCAGAGACGAGGACGGACCUCAUCGUCAUGAUGCUGAGGGACCUGCCGGGAGGAGCACCGACCUCAUAG